CAACACUUCUUGCAUGGGCGAGGCAUCGUAGCAGUCAGCGCCAUGCAAGGCUUCAACCGCUAUGUGCCACCCGAGCUGGAAGGGACCACAAGUGGCAACGCCUUACACAAGCGACGAGCUCCAGGAACACUCCGAAAUGGCCUACAGACCGUUCGCUUCGAGAUGCCAUACGCUGUCUGGUGCCACACAUGUAAGCCUCACGCCAUCAUAGGGCAGGGCGUACGCUUCAACGCGGAGAAGAAGAAAGUUGGCCACUACCACUCGACUCCGAUCUGGUGUUUUCGCAUGAAGCACACCGCGUGCAGUGGGAUCAUCGAAAUCAGGACGGACCCUAAGAAUACAGCUUAUGUGGUCACUGAGGGAGGCAAAGCCAGAGACUACGGAGAUUCCGAAGACCGUGUGAGAGAAGGCGAGAAUGGAGUACCAAUUUUGACCCCCGAGGAGCGGGAGCAGCGGCGAGAGGAUGCAUUUGCAAACCUCGAGGGCAAAGCAGCAGAGAAAGCUCUGGUAAAGGAUAAUACUAAACGGAUCGAAGAGCUAUAUGAAGCGCGAGAUCGGGACUGG